CCACAUCAACCCCAAACCCGGGAUGUGCUCCGUGGUCGGCUGUGAUUCGUGGCGUCGCAGUGCGCAGCGCUUCAAGUUACCAGAAGAUCCAGACGAGAGACUUGAGUGGGUCCAGUUUAUUGGCGAGGUCAACGGACAGUGUUUUAAAGAAUCGUGCUGGACUGAUAUCACUAUUUGUACUGAGCACUUUUCAAAUGACUGCUAUGAAACCCUGAUUCCGACUGGCACGGUUCAGCUGAAGCCCAGAGCUGUCCCGUCACUGUCUGUCAAGUCAGAGCCAGAUGAACAUCUGGAGAGCCCACAACACGUGAAGCUUGUGGAAAAUGCAGAAAUUUCUUGUCAGUAUGAUGUUAACACACAGCAUGAUCCAAAUCCCUGUUUUCAGAACUCAGCAGAAAAUUCAAAUGGUUCCCGAGCAAGUUCUGGGUCAAGUGGUGCCUCAUUGUCCUAUUCACCUGAUGUAUCGAACACUGAUACUUCUGGUCAUAUGCAACAAAACAUUAUAAAUAUUGAAUUGAACCCGGAAAAAUGUCCAUCAUGUGGUGGUACACUUCAGAUGGAGAAAGUCACCCACGGGAUACUUGUCAUCUUGAACCAACACUGCCUUCAGUGUGACUACACAAACCAAUGGAAAAGUCAGGUCAAUAGUGCUCCAACAGCUGAUCAGUGCCUGACAGAAGACAUAGAUGUAGCUCCAGAGAUCCAACAGGAGCCUGUGAAAACCGCAGAACUUGCUUGUCAGUGUGACCUUAAAACAUAUGAUAGUCCACCUUCCUGUUUUGAAAAAUCAAGAGUCAAUGCAAAUGGUUCCCUAGUAAGUUCUGGGUCAAGUGAUGUAUCAAGCACUGAUACCUCUGGUCAGAUGCAACAGAAUGUUAUGAAUAUUGAUUGGAACCAGGAAAAGGCUGUACAUUUACAGAUGAAAGGAAAGGUUGUUGUGUAUGAAAAUUGCCUCCUCCAGUUGUUUUGCCACAAGUGUCCAUCAUGUGGCGGUAAACUAAAGAUGGAGAAAGUCACCCACGGGAUACUUGUCAUUUUGAACCAGCAGUGCCUUCAGUGUGAGUACAGAAACCAAUGGAAGAGCCAGGUCAAUGCAAAUGUCCCAACAACUGAAGAUCAACACACUGGCACAGAAAUAACUCCAGUUACCCAACAGACAACACUGAUAGAUGUCAACGCCAGCUGUGGGAUUUCAUCUGAGAUUGUGACUUUGAGUGAUGAAGAAAGUUAUCCUUCAGAUGAAGGAGAGGAAGGAGAGGAAAGUGAUCAAGAUACUGUGAGUUCAGACACGGAAUGGACUCCAACAAAGGAUGUUUUGUUGGCUGAAGAGCUUGCGAUGAGUUCGAAUGAGGAAACUGACGAAGAGGAAGAUUUAGAUUCCCACAGCGGCCUCAGAAUUAAUGAACUCUGCACAGACUGUGGAAGUUUUUUCAACAUUCAGAAGACUCAUACGUGUGAAUAUAAAAUAAAGCCGUAUUCCUGCAAUAUAUGUGGCAAAAGAUGUGUUAGUGAGAGUUCUCUAAAACAUCAUAGCAAUAUCCAUGAUGAAACCUAUGAACAUCCUUGCAAAUACUGCCAUGUUACCUUCAGAACAAGGGUGGACAAACUUAAACAUGAGGAGACCCAUCAAGAUUGUGCAACACCAUAUAAAUGUCCAGACUGUUCAGAGACAUUUGCCAGCAGUAAAGAACGCAGCAUUCACCUGGCUGAUCACAGGAUCUCAAAGGAAUUUAGAUGUGGAGUCUGUGGAAUCGUUUUCAUGGAUAAACCUCGUCUCCAGAGACACUCUGUUGUACACACAGGACUGAAACCAUACAAAUGUUCAGAGUGCGAACGGAGCUUCAGCCAGUCAAGCCACCUCAAAUCCCACAUGCGCCUGCACACAGGGGAGAGGCCUUUCAAGUGUCACCUUUGUGACAAAUGCUUCAAUCACAAUGUGAGCUUGAAAAGUCAUGUGCAACGUUACCACGCAUCCAUUUCUGUAUGUGAAUGGAAGAAGGCUGAGGAAGGUGCAAGUGACACUAGUGAGGCUAAAGAGGGAGGCACAGAUUUGGAGCUCGACAGUGUAGAGGAGGAGAAGCACACAGAAGAGGAGGCACAGAAUGAGAGAAUAACCACAGCACAAACUAAAAGUAGGAGAAGCACGGGCAGACCCAUAGGAAGGCCCAAGAGACACGCAGCAGGCAACUUAGUUCUGGGAAAUCCAAAGGAAGAUUUGAACACUAAGACUGGAGAAGAAAAGGUGCAAAAAUUUAGAAGGAAAUGUUCCAGAAAGGAGGAGAGUGAGAAUGAGCUGACUGACAGUGACACAGCCGUUGACUCGGCCGAAGAAGAAGACGAGGAGAGAAGCAAAACGGUUAGAAAGAAUGCAGGGAGAGGAAGAAGACAAAAAGAUGACGAUGACUCAGAUUUUGACCCAGAAGAAGAAAGAAAGAAAAAAAGGUACAGCAGCCAGAUCAGUGGUAAAAGCUUAGGAAAAGGUAGGGGCAGACCAGUACGGGUGCAAUGGUCUGGAAAACACACAUAAUUAAAGAAUGAAUUUAAUGGGAGCAACUGUUAAACGAAAGGAGCCAUUAGAAUUGGAAUGCCAAACAAUAUGAAGCUAAUAGAAGAAGCUGUUGGGCUUGAAAAGAGAUCUUGGUUGCCUACCAAAGAGACCAAUGCUCACUUAUUAUUUGAUCAUACUAGUAAUGGAUGGACGUGCAUUAAUGGUGCAUCAGUCAGAAGCACAGAGCUGUCAGUUUUGGAAAAUCAAAUACACUUAAUAUUAACU